AUGGCCCAUUCAAAACGCAACACCUCUCUCCCACAUUUCACCUCCUACGAACGCUCACUCCUGCGUUCAACCUGGGGCACACAGCGCACCCGCCUAUCGCGCGAAUCCUUCCUUCCAUUCGGAUCAUGCCAACUCUGCCUCCAACCCGCCCGAGCACCUGUAGUAGCCUGCGCCGCCAACGGCGAUCUGUUCUGUCGCGAAUGCGCCAUCAGCGACCUGCUCGCGCAGCGCAAAGAAAUCAAACGAGUCGAACGGGAGCGCGACGAGGCUAAGAAACGCCUUUCUGAGGACGACGCGCAGGCGCUUGAGCAGGCCAAGCUCAGGGAAUUACAUGAGUUCGAAUUGAUCAGUAUGGGUAUUGAGGGGUCGCAUAAAAACAGUAAAAAGAGGAAAGUCCCGACAAUGGAGGAUGGCAGUAAUAAGGAGGAUGAUAGUGGCAGCAGGGUGGACGCCGCUACGGAGGCCUUUCGACAGCGGGAAAUCGAGGUCAAUGGGAAGCGGCGAAAGGUGUUUGAGCUUGGUGAAGCGGAGAUUGCGCGGUAUGCGAAGUCGGAGCAGGAGAGGCUGAAGAGGGAGAUUGAACGGGAAAAGUCGGAGUCGAAAUCUGCGCUACCGUCGUUUUGGGUUCCGUCGUUGACGCCAGGGACCAAGAGUGAUGUUAUGUCGAAACCAGUUAAACUGGCGCCGCUAUGCCCCGGGUCGACGGAGGAGAAUCGACAUGAGUACUCGCUGAAAAGCUUGGUGGAUGUGCACUUCACGGAAGAGAAGGCAGAGGAGUCUAGUUCAACGGCGCAGCGCGUAUGUCCAAGUUGCAAGAAGGCGUUGACGAAUGGGCUGAAAGCUAUGUUGACGAAACCUUGUGGUCAUGUUAUAUGUCUACCCUGUGUUACAAAGUUCAUGGCCCCUGAGACGACUAUAGACCCUCAUGAGACAGAUCAAUCAGAGUCGGCUAUAGGUCGUAUUCUAUGCUAUGUUUGCGAGACGGAUAUUACGCCGUCUUCGAAGCAUAAAUCCAAACCAAAGGAGAAGGGGAAGGAGAAGGAAGAAAAGAGCAAAAUCAAGCCAGGGCUCGUGGAGAUUAGGUCGGAGGGCACGGGGUUUGCGAAAGGCGGCGAUAAUAUGGCAAAAAAGCAGGGCGUGGCCUUUCAGUGCUAG